CUCUGGCCCUAGACAAUUUAUCUUUGGGCUGCUGGUGGUCCGAGCCGAGGAGAUGCCGCGUUCCGGACGAUUGUUCCUAGGCCCUGGUCACUGGUCAGCGGGCUGCUCGGAGACUCUUUCAGCUUCUAGCUAAGGCUAAGACGCCUCGUCUUCCAUCGCCAAUCCCAUCCAACUCUCCAUCAUCCAGAUAACGACUCAUGCAGCAUCCUAGGCUCGAGAUGUUCUCGCCUUGGCUUUACGACGACGACAACACAUCCGUGCAGAACACCUCGAACCUCCAAACGUGGGGGAUCAAGGGCUCAGCAGGCCAAAAAGUUGGCCGGGAUCAUCUGUUGAUAGGCCCAUGCAGAAUCUCCCGUGGUUUGCACGGACCAUGUGUUCUCGACUACGCCUCGCAAUUAGGCAGAGGUGUCCAAUGACAAAAUUUUGCAAUGCAAUAAUGUGAACGAACCCUGCACAUCAUCGUACCACUCCGGAACCCCCUAAUGGCAUUGGUCGACACUUGGGCGUUGUUCGUUCAGUCACUGGCAGACACGUGGAAGCAUUCCUUGGGCAAUCGAUUGAACAACUGCCACCUCCAUGUGAUUGUGAAUGAGAGAGUCAGAGGACCUCUCUUGAGACUGGUCCAAGAUAUAGGUCAAUCCCUCUGCAUCAGCCGCUCUCUCCUCGAAACAGCUUAUCCACUGACAAUGACCCGGGCUGUGCUCUAUGUCCCCCAAAGUCCCUAACUACAGAUUUUCCCGGCAUCUGGACCGCGAGAUAUCGACCACUGAGUCUUAUGUGGACAAGAUCUUUCGCCCUGUCCGUUCAAUCAGGAAUAAGAAAGAGAAGAUCCCGGUCCGCCCAGCCUCCAUGUCCGAGUCAGGCAUGCACGCAGUGACAAAUGGGAAGGCAGAGAAGGUGUCUGAUGGGCUGCCGAACGGGACCGAAACCAAUGACCUGGAGAGCGUCCAAAUUGACAGCGUGGAUUCUGGUCGUUUCAACACCGAGUUGCAUGUCCAGGUGCAAACCAUCAAUCAGAGCAUGAAUGUCACCCAGACCGCGGUGGCUAAACUCACCGAGAUGGUCGAUAAAUACGGAGAAAUGGUCAAGACCGUGGAGGAACGAUACAGCGCAGGGCAGGAUCUUGAGGAGCAGCUUCAAGACGAGAAAAAUCUGAACGAAACGUUAGUGACGCAGAUGGAGAAGCUCCGGCAGGGGCAUAGAGUGCAGCUACGUAACUUGGGCGUACAACAUGAGAAGCAGCUCUCUCGACUGAAGUCACAGGCAGAAUCAGGAAAGGCGGAGAGGGAGAAGUAUGAGAAAAUGAUAGAAGCCCUGAAGAAGGAGCAAGAGACUGCCAUGCUGAAGUCGCAAAGAGACCUUGAGAUGAAAAGAGAUCAGUUGGAGAAGGACAACGAGGAGAAGAUCACCAGGCUAGAGGCCGCCGCAAAAGGGCUUGAGGAAGAGCGGACAAAACUGAAACGAGAGCUCGAAGACAUGACCAAGCUGCGGGACUUGGAAAUACAGACUCACGAAACGAUGCAGGGCAAGGCCGACGCAAAAAUCCAGGACCUCGAACAGGCGCUCACCGCCGUGAAGGCCAAGUAUGAAGUCGAAAGGCAACCCGAUGAACACUACACGGAACGAUACAAAGGUCUGGUAGACUCAGUGGCUUCAAUUGCGGACGAAUACUUCUCCGAGCUACCGGAAGAAGCAGAGGAGGAUCCUGCCGGAAUACAUAAACAACUCAAAAAGAAACGGAGCACUUUUGACGUGGUCCCAAUCACCGAUUCGCCAUGUGCACGAGUUCUUCGGCUCGCCUUUGUGCAGAACAUCAUCUUCAACGCCAUCCGUGACACCGUGUGGCCGCCCUUUUUCUCCCGGCACCUCUGGAAGAACAAAAAAGACAGAUCGCUCAUCCACGAGAUAUAUCUACGCCUGAGUGCCGACGGCGAAGAGAUCCAAAACGACUGGAGAGUAUCCACUGUGAAGGUUCUGGAUCGGCUUGACAACGGGGUGGACGUCGGAGACAAGAUUGGAGUCGCGAUUGACCUGAAUGUCAUCCAGAUUCUCGAGCCGUUGCUGGGAGAAAAGAAUAAGGUCGAUUUCCGGUCCGAGCUGAAGAAGAUCUUCACCACGGCAAUGGAGCUGGGCCAAGAAUCAUGGCGCGAUCGAUCCCCGGUCUCCUUCGACUUCAGUCCCUCCGUGGACGGCGGCAAGGGGUGGAAGGAGUUCAGCGAAGGCCUCGACCUCGAGGACGCGCCCAACCCGUCUCUAGGGGUCUGCAGAGAAAGCGCCUUCGAACCGCUCUGUGUGAGUCCCCGACUGUACCGCAAGCGCGACACCGCGACGGUGACCCCAGAUCAAGGGGAAGAGCUGGUGCACCCGGGCGUCGCAUUGUUCCCCAAGACCGGCAUCUUCCAACAGGGCUUGCUGGAAUGGCAGGUACUCAGGCAGGCAGAGAGGGAGUACCGGAAGGCCUACAACGGCAACGGCAAAGCGAGGAGGGCGAGCAUCGCUUCGACCACCAAUGGCUUUAGCCCGGCACCGCCGCCACUCGACCAGAUGAGGCCGUCCAAGACGUGGGCGUCUCAUACGAGCACCGAGUACGAUUGAGGGGGAGGCAGUGGAAGUGGACACUGGAGAUGUACGGCAAUAGUGGUGAUGAUUGAGAUUGACCUACAUAGGCGACUAAUCCCGGACUCGAGUAUGCGAAGGAGGUAAAUAGGCAGGCCUGGCUGGUAAAAAGGUAAUUCUGAACACCGUUUCCUCCCUGUUUCUGGGAUCAGUAUCUAUAGU